AUGCCGCCUACAAUCCGGAACAGCAUGUACAACUUUCAGCAAGAGCAUCUUCUCAGGACCCACUCACUCAUUAAGGCGCAAACUGGAAAUAGAACUUCGGCCCAUGCGAGAACGAGUAACCCUGAAAUGCUGUUCGGCCCCGAGAAGCAAGCAUCUCUUAAGCAGAGAUCCAAGAGACAUACAUCGGAAGCCGAGAAAUGGAAGGUCUUCUGGGGCAUUUUAUUUCCGAACAUGACGAACAUUCCUUCACCAUAUCUUGACGACGAAAAUGCAUCCUGCGCCGAGAAGGAUCAGUUCGCGAGCUUUCAGGAGAUGCAAUGCAUGACGUUGCCCGAGAAGGUACAGAAACGCCUCUCUGAAGAAACCAGUCGCCUUAAAUAUACGGACGUGGACGAACUGAUUGACAUGCUCCCCGCGCUGAUGCGUGAAGUCAUGAUGGAAAACGGCUUUAAUUCCCGAAACGACACACGAGCAAACACGCCCAUCACUGUUUCUGGUUCCUUCUCAGUGACCGCAAAUUCAGCAAUACGUGGACAUUCCGACCUCCAGGCAACAAGCACACCGCAACAACCCACGACACAGGACUCCACCAGCGACCUCAUGUUCCCAGGAGAUGCGUCACAGGCCGAGAGCCUUGGUCAUCCUCAAGGGAUGCAUGUCGAUACUUCCAAUGAUUCGGCCUACUUCUCUGCAGAGAUGGAGGCUAGACAGCAACCUCUAAAAUACCCAAUGGAAGAUGCAGAGGACUAUCACAGCCACCAGAUCCCCGGCAUGAGCUCUUUUGACGGUCCAAGUGUGGCAAACAACUAUUCCGGUUAUUCUCACUGGAGCUCAGGCAGUCUGAUAACGUCGUUCAUGCAGCCAGGCCCAGGCCAUGCUGGCGCGCAAGACCGAUCACCUACAGACUUCGCCGGCGGCUGGGCAAACGACGAGACCUUGGGCAACGAAGGAGAGCAGAUCGCUGACUUGAAUUUCUUCGAUGAGUUUCUUCACGAACAGGGAACACAAACGGAUUAUGCAUUGUCGACAUCACUGCAGCGAACCGGUCCACACUGA